AUGAGUGCUCAACUUGCCGUAAGAAAAUCUGAAGAUAGAGGCUAUGCGAAUCAUGGUUGGCUUGAUACCCAUCACACAUUCUCGUUCGCAUCCUAUUUUAAUUAUAAAUUUCAAGGUUUCGGAUCCCUAAGAGUGAUCAACGAAGACAUCGUGCAACCUACCACUGGAUUUGGAACUCAUCCACAUCGAGAAUUUGAAAUUUUUUCGUAUAUUAUUUCCGGUGAAUUACAACAUAAAGAUUCGAUGGGUAACGUUGAAAUUCUCAAAGCCGGUGACGUUCAAUUUACAUCAGCCGGCACAGGAAUCACACAUUCUGAAUACAAUAUUCACCCAACUCUUCCCGUUCAUUUUCUUCAAAUAUGGGUGAAACCUGACAACCCAAAUCUUAAGCCAAGAUAUCAAACCAUGACCUUUUCUGAAUCUUCUAAAACAAAUAAUCUCGUACAUAUCAUAUCUCCAGUUGAUAAUAAUGAUAACUCUACUAUUGGCAUCAAUACAGAUUUUCAUAUGUAUGCCAGUUUAUUAGAAUCAGGUCAUAAAGUUGUACAUACUGUACAGGGAACUGACAAGCCUAGAAAAGUUUAUGUUCAUCUUGCGAGUACUGGUGGAAAAUUAAGUGUUAAUGAAAAUACGAUAUUGCAACAAGGUGAUGGUUUUUUGAUCUAG